GCCAUCUCUCCAUCGAUCAUUCCCGCUUCCCCCACCCGUCUCUUAUCCUCCUCUGAUUUAUUUAUUCCCAAUUCGAAGAAAAACUGAAAAAGGACAGUUGAAAUGAAAAUGCUGAUUUGCCGUCCGAGUUGUUUCUACUCGUCCUCUUCGUCAUUAAUUCCCUUUGAAACUCAGUGCAAGAGAAGCAGCGAGAAGCGUUUUUAUCCCCUUAAGCCACCGAAGGUGGGCUUCCCUUCAUCGAGAAUCUACGCACUCAAAACCAACAGUUCUCUCGAGCAGCUCGACUUCGAGCGAGGAGUUUGCAUCCCCUUUCGUAAAUAUUCCCCUGAAUCAGUGAGAAAUAAGGUGUUGGAGUCAAAGGGGGCAAUAUUGUCCUUGAUUGGUAGAGGUGUAGAGAUAGUGUGGAGUUUGGGGCUAUAUUGGACGACCUUGCUGUAUGAUUAUGCCGUGGGUCGUGAUCAAGAGGUUGUUCCUCUUCGGGCUGUGCAGUUAAGGCAGCUCUUGUGUUACUUGGGGCCUUCUUUCAUCAAAGCUGGACAGGUCUGUGCUCAUUCUGUCAUUGGGAUUUUCAGAUUUGGCUCUGUAAUUUUGUUCUUAUAUGCUGGUGUUUUCUAUAGUUCAGCGUAUUAUGAAAUUAGUUUUAGACACAUGAAUUGGAUCUUGAUGACAUGAUGACAGACCUAAACUAUACUUCUAAGUCAAUCCGUGUAUAUCUUGUCACAUUACACGAUGGAAGAAUGCUUGAAUACGAAAAUAUAUGUACUGAGGUCAUACUCUCUAUCCAUUAAUGCACAUCCGAAAAUAGAGUUUGUGAUAAGAAUAGUGGGACCGAGAGUAUGAAUUUUAGCAUUCAGUAGGUUACAUAAUUUAUUAACAAUAACACCACUAAGAUGUAGAACUGUUUUGCGUGCGGGUUUGUGACAUGAAAAGGAGAUUUUAAUCAAUAUAGAUGAAAAACUUUCCGUUAUAGGGAAGAGAAAGUGGCGUCCCACCUAAUCAAAGCUCCAAAGAGUCACUCUGAAAUUAUUGAUCAAAUUAUUAAAGAAUAGAUCACCUAGGUUUAUACUAGUCUCAAGAGUCUUAGUCGUCCAGUACUAGAGUAAGCUUUAAUGAACUUUAGAUAGAUAAAUGAUUUUAGGUUGAAAAUGCUUGAUUGAAUUAUUAAUCUUGAAGUCCAAUUUAUACAACCAGGAGGAGAGUCUAUAAGAUAAUCUAUUUACUAAUUACAAUUAUUACAAUUAAUACAAUAUAUUAUAACAGUUGUAAUAGAAAUCUGCAAGACUGCAAUAAUAUGAAUAUAAUAACUGAUGAUUUAUUUGUCUUCUAGACGACCCCACAAGCUCGAUAUUUGAUCGCCUUCUAGAUCCUGAGCUUGGUUUUGAGAAUAGCAAAACGUUGUCGCGGAAGCGGUUUGGUGAGAGUGUCAGCUAGUUGAGCAUGAGGUGGGUGUGAUGAACACAGAGAAGUCCAUGUUGAGCGCACCGGUGAACAAAGCGGAAGUCAAUAGCAACAUGUUUCUUCUGGAAUGGAAGACAAGAUUAGUGGAAGAUGUAGUAGCACUCUUGUUAUCACAAAGAAGAGUCGGCAAAGUAUGUCGAGGGUGCCGUAGCUGGUGAAGAAGUGAUUCUAUCCAAAUAAUUUUAGAUGCCACAGUGGAUAGAGCAUAAUAUUCGGCUUCUGAUGAGAGCUUGGCAAUAAUGCGCUGCUUUGUAAUAAUAAUAAUAAUUAAACAAUAUAAGUGCCACAUCGAAGUGUUUUGUUUUCUUUUAGUGUUUUUUUGGCAUCUUGCAUGUCCUAAUCCAAGAUAAAGGAUGAAGGUGCUGUUGUGGGUGUGUGACAACCAACAAUAUCACUUAGUCACGUCACAUGAUAUGAAUCAAAAUAUGAAUAUCUCUACAGCACCAUGAUAUGAACAAAGUGGAAGUCAAUAGCAACAUGUUUCUUCUGGAAUGGAAGACAGGAUUAGUGGAAGAUGUAGUAGCACCCUUGUUAUCACAAAGAAGAGUCGGCAAAGUAUGUCGAGGGUGCCGUAGCUGGUGAAGAAGUGAUUCUAUCCAAAUAAUUUUAGAUGCCACAGUGGAUAGAGCACAAUAUUUGGCUUCUGAUGAGAGCUUGGCAAUAAUGCGCUGCUUUGUAAUAAUAAUAAUUAAAUAAUAUAAGUGCCACAUCGAAGUGUUUUGUUUUCUUUUAGUGUUUUUUUGGCAUCUUGCAUGUCCUAAUCCAAGAUAAAGGAUGAAGGUGCUGUUGUGGGUGUGUGACAACCAACAAUAUCACUUAGUCACGUCACAUGUUAUGAAUCAAAAUAUGAAUAUCGCUACAGCUAGGUCGUCGUCCGUAAGCGACGCGUCCUCCCUCCAUCCUGGGUGGUGUCAAAUUUGCAAGGGCACACUACAUUUCAUAGGCUUGAGUGUGGUGAUAAGAAUGCUAACAUUGCUAGGUCACCGUCUGAAAGCAGCGCGUCAUCCCAAUGCUAAGGUUGUGGGAUAAUGUCAAAUAUGCAAGGGCAUGGUGGGGUUUGAGGUGAGGUUAAGAACAAAAGGUGGAAUGCUAGAUUGCUAUUGGGACAUGGAAUGUUGGGUCUCUUGUAGGAAGAUCUUCUGAGGUAGUCAAAGUUAUGAGCAGAAGGAAUAUCAUCAUCGUGUGUGUACAAGAAACUGAGUGAGUUGGAGAGAAAGCACGUCAGAUUAAUACCAAAGAUUUGAAGUUGUGGUACUCACGGAGAGAGAAGACAAAAAACGGAGUAAAUAUUAUUGUGGCGCGUGACUAAGUUGAGGAUGUGGUGGAAGUGUUUAGGAAGAACAACCUCAUCAUGAGCAUUAAAUCAGCGGUCGACGGUUAGAUCAUGUCCGUGGUAAGUGCCUAUGCACUACAAGUGGGAUUGGAAGCAUCUACAACUCAACAGUUCUAGGAAGAUCUUGAGGAAGUGGUGUGGUGAGUGCCAAUUGCCAAAGGAGAGAAGUCGGUUAUAGAAUGCGACCUCAAUGGGCAUGUGGGGCUCGAGUCGUGAUGGUUUUGAGAUUAUUCAUGGCGGACAUGGUUUUGACACUAGAAAAGAAGCGGGAAAGAACAUCUUGGAUUUUGCCUCGACGUAUGAGUUGGCUAUGAUGAGCACUUGGUUCAAGAAAACAGACACUCACCUUGUGACCUAUAGAAGUGGAGCUAAUAGUACCCAAAUUAACUACUUCUCAGUACGAACUACUUGGAGAACUAGCUAUACUGAUUGUAAGGUUAUCCCAGGUAAGAGUGUUGUCACUCAACAUAUGAUGCUUGUGAAUAUAAGACAAGUUAAGCAACAAAUGAAGUUAAAAGUGGUGGAGGGGAAGUCUCGGAGUUGAGAGCUCUGGUGAAUAUAUUGGUGAUAACUGGAGAAGAUGUCCGAUCCACCACUCGCGGCGACGCAACUGCGUAAAACCCUGAUAGGGGGGUCGCCUAUCGUCCUAGGGGCGGAGCGAGGGCACUGGGAUGGACUGGGCCGGUACAAAGAAUAUUUUUGAAAAAAAAAUUACACAUAAUUUUUUACCCUAAAAAUAUAGGCAUUUUUGAAAUUUGGGGUGGGCCAGAGCCUAGGCUGCCCCCCUAGCUAUGCCCCUGGAUCGUCCGUUCCUUUGCUUCUGUGCUCACAAGAUGCAGAGAAGAGAUACAAAUCAAACAACCAUCCGGAUUUAAAGGUAUGCCAUCAAACAACCAUCGGAGUACCACAACUAAAUACGUCCUAAUUUGGUUUUAGAUGGAAGAAGACUUCCAAAGAUGUUGGUUACACAGCUCCUGGUCUAUGAAAAUCAAUAAAUGGACUCCACAAUCUCGUCCAGAUGUGGAAUCACCUAUAGUGCCUGUUUGGAUUGUUUUGAAGGACUACCUAUACAUUUGUUUGAUAUGCGAGCCCUAUUUUCUAUUGCUAAUCUGAUAGGCAAGCCAUUGAAAUCUGAUGCUGCAACAACUAAUCCGUCCAGGCCAUCGAUAGCUAGAGUUUGCGUGGAACUUGAUCUCACCAAAGAUCAUCCACAGAAGAUAUGGCUGCAAAACGGAGAAGAAGGUUUUGCUCAGCAAGUUACUUAUGAGGAUAUGCCAAAACACUGCAAAGAGUGCCACAAAAUUGGCCAUUCCUCAUGUAAAAAAAGUCAAGCACAGGAUUCUGAAAAAAUCCAUGGUGAUAUGCAGUGGAUUGUCAAAAACAAAAAGAGAUCAACAGAGAUAUCUGUGGACUCUAAUAAAAAUAUAAAGCAGCCAUUUCAAAAUAUUGAAGUUUCAAAGGAUCAGAAGGACUAAGACAUUAUCCUUUGUGAUGAUAACUCUAAUAUUCCUUAAACAUCUGGACAGGAAAAGGAUGCUUUAGAUUCUGAAGCGAGAUAUCUUAUAGAAAACAUUCACCAUUCAGCUGAUCUGCAGAAAUUGAAGCACAGAGAUGAUUUAAUAAAAAAAAUUGGAAAGCCAAUAAUCAUCUUAAUUGAAGAUGGAAAUAACUCAGAAGGAGGUGAACCUGAAGAUACCUCUAAUUUCUCUAAAGAUGAAUGGAAUGAAAUACUCCAGCCUCUUAUUGGAAAGGUUGAUAUAGUGGUCAAACAAACAACUUAAACUGAAGCCAAGCAACAAACCGAAACAGGGCAAGUCAUUAAAGCAGCUAGAAAAAAGAGAACCAAAAAAGAUGAUAGGAUCCUAGGCUAAAGAUAAUUAUUAUUAUAAUAAUAGUAAUAGAAUGAUAUUAAAUAAGUGUAGUAUUGUAUAAAUUAGGAUUCUGGGCCAUGUCAGAAAAUAUGGGUCGGCCCAUUAGAAUAUAAUUACUAGAAGAGUGUGAAGGAGGGAAUAAGGGAGGUAGACAGAAAUUAGUCUGGACUUGGGAGUGCUGAGACUACUCGAAGUGUCUCAAUUGUAUUGUGUCGUUUCAGUUUCUUCAUUUACGUUCUUAAUACACAUCAAUUUCUCUCUUUCGAUUCUGGUUCCUAUCAAUAGUAUCAAAGCAGUCGACCCAGGGAAUCUCCGAUCUACAUUCACGCGAUAAACAAAUGGUGCAGCGCAGGAAACAGAAGGUGGAGAAACGCGAACAUGGAUAACAAAAGGUGGCUGCAUCUAGUUUGCGCGCGAACAUUGAAAAGCGCCUGUCAACGCAAGGCGGAAAGGAACCGCGCAGGCAGCACCGAAGAUCCGAUCAGGAUGCUUCCCGCGGAAAGGUAGAGAAGCUCGCGGAAAAGGUUGAGCGCGGAAAAGUGGCGAAGCUAGCGGAAAGGGGAGAAAGUGAUUGGGCAAAGGAGAUGAGGAUCUGGUUGGACAAGAUGCGCACCAAGCUGCGGCAACAACGUCGCCGGCGAGGACGAUCGAGGACCGUGCGUCGCUGCCGGAAUUCGGAAAGCAAAGCAGCAUCGUCAUCGCAAACAGCUUCUAUCAGUUCGCAUGUUUCCUGGCCAACAUCUUCUUCCGGUUUGCAAUCUUCUCCGCAAGCCGUGUCUCCAGGUCCACAGACUUCAUCAUACGCUAGCAGUUCACUUCAAGGUACUAUGCAAUCUGAAGGAGAAGCUUCCAGUUCGCUGUUGCUGUCCGAGUCGCAGAAGUCUGGCGAUCCACGACAACCUAUCUGUGAAGAUACAUUCGUCGAUAGUGGUCAGGGACGAGAGGAGAAAUCUUCUGUGGUGACUCAAAUCACUCAAUCCUCCAUUGCCAUGGAAUAUGAAUCUGCCGUUGAUAAAAUUGAUGGUUGACAUACUGGGGAAAGCUAUACAGGGACUAUCCGUAUAGAGGAAACCGAGGGAAUAGAAAAGGGGAGUGAUGGAAAGAAGCUUCAGGGAAUCAUCAGCUCAUACUCUAAUGCUACUGAGAAACCAAUCAAACAAGGAUGGAUAACAAAGCUUGAAAAGCACGGUUACGUUGUGCGGUUCUACAAUGGCGUGCAAGGUUUUGAGUCUGUUUGGAUUAGACCCAAGCUCUAAAUUAAACUCAACUUAUCAGGUUGCACUAAAGUGGAAGUUAGCUGGGCAUCUUACUGGAAAUAUCAUUCUUCUUAUUGAUGAGGUCCCUACUCUAACCGGUUCGGAUACGAACACUGAUGGGAGAGGAAGUGCUUGCAAAUAGGCCAGAUAUAAUUAGAGAAGAUUACAUGAAUGAACUUUGUAUUCUUCAGGAUGAUGUUCCUCCUUUUCCUAAUCAGGUUGCUUUCAACAUCAUAGAAGAGGAAUUGGGUCAACCUCUGGAAGCUGUUUUCAGAAAUAUUUCUUCAAAGACUAUAGCAGCUGCAAGUUUGGGUCAAGUUUAUCGAGCUACAUUGCGUUCAACAGGGGAGGAUGUUGCAAUUAAGGUUCAAAGGCCUCAUAUUGAGCCUAUCAUCUACCGAGAUCUUUUUCUUUUCCGGAUGCUGGCUUCAUUUUUGGAUGGGAUCAGCCUACAAAAAUUAGGAUGCAAUGCAGAACUUAUCGUGGAAGAAUUUGGGGAGAAGCUAUUAGAGGAGCUAGACUAUACAUUGGAAGCUCGCAAUAUUGAAGAUUUUUUGGAAAAUUUCAAGAAUGACCCCACUGUCAAAAUUCCUCGGGUUUACAAACAGCUUUCUGGUCCACAUGUUCUAGUAAUGGAAUGGAUUGACGGAAUACGUUGCACCGAUCCAGAGGCAAUCAAGGGGGCAGGAAUUGAUAUAGAUGGAUUUUUGACUGUUGGAGUUAGUGCAGCCUUGAGGCAGUUACUUGAGUUUGGCUUGUUCCAUGGAGAUCCACACCCUGGGAAUAUCUUUGCUAUGCAUGAUGGUCGCAUUGCAUAUGUUGACUUUGGGAAUGUUGCCGUUCUGAGUCAGCAAAAUAAACAGAUUUUGAUUGAUGCUGUUGUCCAUGCUGUAAAUGAGGACUACGCUGAGAUGGCCAAAGAUUUUACUAGACUUGGCUUCCUAGCUUGUGGUACUGAUGUGUCCCCCAUUAUUCCUGCUUUGGAAGCAAUUUGGCAGAAUUCACUUGAAAAAGGACUUUCUGAUUUUAACUUUAGAAGUGUUACAGGAAAGUUUAACCAACUAGUUUACAACUAUCCAAUUCGUAUCCCGGAGAGGUUUUCUCUUGUCAUCCGUUCUCUAUUGACUCAAGAAGGCAUAUGUUUUACGUUGAAGCCAGAUUUCAAAUUUCUUGAGGUUGCAUAUCCUUAUAUUGCGAAGCGCCUUCUCACAGAUCCUAACCCCGCUUUACGGGAACGGCUUAUGCAGGUUUUGUUCAAGGAUGGUGCAUUUCAGUGGAAACGGCUAGAGAAUCUAAUCAUUCUUGCCAAGGAAAACGUGACAAAGAUGAGCAGCAACCCUGCAUUCCAAGGGAAUAGUAGCAUGCAGAGGUAUAUUAAAGACAUUCAAGUUGAGCGGAAGUUGGAUCUCACUGACACAAUCAAGGAUGGAGCUCGAGUUUUCCUUCUCGAUGAGGGCAUUCGUAGGCAGCUUCUUCUUGCUCUCACCGAAGACUCAAAACUUCAUGUUCAAGAGCUUGUCGAUGUAUACCGCCUGCUUGAAGACGAAAUUGAUUUGCCUUCGCUGGCAAGGGAACUUGUUGGAGAUCUCCCAUCUAUUGCUCGAGAUGUCGUGCUCUCGUGGAGCACCUUCAUCUUAUCAGACAGUUGAAAGCGGAAUCUUGUACUAUCAUCUGUUUGACAUAAUGAAUUGGCUUACAUUCAUCUUCUUCACUAGCAUUAGGGCUGCAUUACCAGCGACUGUCUUAAGCUAAUGCGGCGGUUUAAAGGAGAAAUGGGAGGGUUUGAUGGAUGUCUGGAAUGCUACUGGAUAAAAUUUCCCCUCAUUGGCUAUAUUUGUACCUAUAGAAAUUGUUAUGGCCUGUAAAUACAAAAGAACAGCUGGCAUAAUUAUGAGUUCAGAGUCAAUUUCAAUCAUUUUUACAUUCACAUCAUGGUAUGCUCAUUUGAUACCUCUGUAGACUGUAGUGCUCAUUUUCUAAUGACCUAUCAAUGGGCAUUUCUUUCAGACAUUCUUUUAUGUAUAACAUAAUUUCAUAUAAAUAAAUGUAUCACAAACCAACAUAGUGUAGACAGGAUAGUUUACUCGAUCAUUAGUAGUUUUGACUUUUGACCAA